CACACUCUGAAAUGGCGAUGGUGCCGCAGCUAAUCUUUGUUCUCUCCACUAUGAUCUCAGUCACAGAGUCCAGUGAUGUGUUCAAAUUGGUUGGCAGUUCUGUUCAGCUGGGUACACAGCAUCCUGUACUGAAGUUUGAUGACUUAACCUGGGUUUUAAACACAACUAAUGUUGUAAAAUAUUUUCCUCAGUUUAAAACAACUAAACAUUACACUGGUUAUGAAGGUAGAGUGGAGUUCAAUGAGGAAACCUACAGUCUGACACUGAAGAACUUACAGAAGACUGAUAGUGGACUGUAUGAAGCAAAAGUGUCUGGUGACGUGAACAGAGUUGUUGCUGAGUACAGACUCUCUGUGUUGGAUCCAGUGGGGGCUCCAGUCCUGACUCUCCAGCUGAGCAGAGACACCUGCAACAUCACUCUCACCUGUAGAGGUCAUGACCUCUCUGUCAACUCCAGCUGCUAUAGGGAAGCCUGUGAGGAGAAGGAAGUGACAUCAUCUGGAGGUGUCGCCCUUUCCCUGUCUGUCAGUGGCAGCACCAUCAUCUGUAACCAUAGCAACCCAGUCAGCUGGAAGACGGCUGUUUUGGAGAUGAGAGAACUUAAACAACACAGUGCUGAUGAAGGAAGGAACACUGUCCCAAGUUGGCAGUGGCCUCUCGUGGCUGUCAUAGUGCUCACCAUCAGUGCAGUUAUCUUCUUCUUCUUGUUAUAUAGACGGAGGAGGUCAGCAGGUCACAUAGAGUGUGAGAACACAGUCUAUGCAGAAGUCGAGAGCAAUGGUGUAGCAAGAGCAUCUACCCAGCUGGAGACUCCAUCUACUGUGUACAGUGCUGUAGGGAAGAAACCACAACCUACAACUAAUGGACAGUCCAGUCAGACUCCAGUUACUGAAAAUGAGCAGCAGUUGACCUCACUGGACCCUGAAGUUCCUAACACCUAUGAACCAGUUCCAGAUCAGAUGCAGGUUAAGAAGCCUGAAACCAUUUAUGCUGCAGUUUCAAAAUCCAACAAACCUGUGAAUGAAGCCAAAGUGAAUGAAGCCGCACCAGAUGUGAGAAAUUAAAGCCACGCUUACACAGCUGUCCUAGAAGACUCCCCUUGAUUUCACAGCCAUCUUGUGGGUGUCCACACACUUACAUUUGGCCUUUCUCUGAUGUGGUGUGAAAGACUUUGGCCCACUGCUGAAGACAGCAGAUCUAUGAGUCUACUGUGUAAAGGCUGAAUCCAGGUCUUUCAUUGACAACUUUUUUUCAUGCAAUAUUUUAGUUUUACGCUAAGAUACAGUCUUAAAAUUGAGCAAUUCCAGGCUUAGAUGUCACAUUAGGCAUGUUACGACCCCCAGUCGUAACUGCCCUUCGUUGUGCCUGUGGCCAUUUUGUGUGUUUUUCGAUUAUUAUGUUGUGUGCAGGUGCAUGUUUGGCCACUCGAGGGCACCUGGCAGUAUAAGAGAUGGCUUAGCUACCAUCUUGGGAGACUUUUUCCCUUUUGAUAUGAUCUGGAUGAACACCUGUCCAUACCAGCCAGGGACUCUUUACAUCUGUCUGAUAGGCUUUUCUGCUAUUAUCAAAAUGUGACUGUUUGAUAAUGCUCUGAGAGCCUGAGCUCUGCGAGCAAAUUUAUUGAGCAUUUGAAGUAAAUAAACGUGUCAUUUUCUGGUUUAAACGGUGUUCAUUGUCUGGUCUGACAGCAGGUCUGGGGAGAGAGCCCGCUCCCAGUGUCUGUUAUGGCCUGACUCUAGACUGAGUCGGACACAACAGUGUCUAAUGCAGAAACUUUGUAAUUAUUUUAAGCAGGCCUUGUUCACACCCUUUUUGGAUGACCCCCCCUUCUUGCUAGCUGAUUUACUGUAAGAUUAGAGGCAAAGUAAUGACAAUGGCUACCACAAGCAGUCUAAAUAUCUUUAUUUUGUAUACAUCUUAUUGCUGAUGAUUGGAUGUUUGUUUGGGAUUCUAAUUAGUUAAAUUACAAAUAAUCUCACCAUUCUGGAUUCAGGGCUCAUCUCAUGGUGCAGUAUUUCUUGUUUACCCCACUAACUUUGGGCUUAGUAGGAUUUAACCCUGGUGACUAGUUUGCUAAGAAGACCAGAAGUGCCUGGACCCAGAGACCCAGAGGCCCUAUUUGCACAAGUGCCAUAGGGUGCCCACUCCUCAGCAGCACACCCGCAGUCUGCUCCUCAGUAUACAGACAUGUGGACUCAAGUCAUGUGACUUGGACUCAAAUCCAACUCCCGUCACAAAUUUCAUGACUUUAGACUCAAGAAAACUGCGAAAGACUUGAGACUCAACUUUGACUUCAACACCAAUGACUCAGACUCUGACUCAGAUUUGUGCCUCAUGACUCAGAAAGACUCAAGACUCGAAGUGGAAGAAACAUGGACAGGGUCAGAUUGCAGAUGGAACUCAACUCAGUUGAUUCUUCUUCAUAUGAAUGGAUUCCUUUCCUGCUGCAAACUGAAUAAACAGCAAUGUCAUCAGAUGUCUGUUACUGUAUUUAUGCUUGGUUUAUUUCAGAAGAGCAAGAGCUCAAGUUCACCUCCAAAUGCUGGAAACAAGUGAAACAUCAACAGCAUUAGUGCACCCUCGUUCAGCACUUAAACUCUUACUGGAGAAACUGACCAGGCGAACUGAACCUUUUCCUCAUGGUAGUUAAACAAAAAAAAAACAGCUCUUUAUGUUCAACCAAUUUAGCAGCUUCU